GUUCAAGCCGUGGGUGCCAACGCUCUGCGUGGAGGGCACGACGGCCAACAACUGGAGGCAGGCGCUCAAGCGCGUGGGCAGUUACUUGGGUCUCUCCUUCCACAAGCAGGCCUUUGAGACCUCCACGAGGUCGUCUUGUUCGGACGGGGAUGCAUCUAUCGCCAGGGCUGAGCGGGCGGAGCACGUCGAGAGCGGCGAGAGGCAGCUCAGGACCACAUGCGCAUUGCACAGGCUGGCAACGACGCGCGAGGAAGCGCUCGGCAUCCUGGCAAAGACAGUGCAGUGGGUGAAGCACGGGAUCCUCGUCCUCUACGCGAAGAUGGUCGGCGAGAGCUUCGUCAGGGACAGGCGCCCGUCGGAGUCGCAGCGCGCGAAGAACAUUGAGCUCAUGAGUUACUUCGUCCACGAAGGGUCUCGGCAGGACAGCGUCGCGGCUGCAGUCAUCGUGGAGUGCUUGCCUGGCGAUUGGACCCGCACGGGCGUCAUCGAGCUUUUUCCCAGGGAGGACGAGACCAACGCGCAGCAUGCAGCAAAGGUCGUCAGGUCGUUGGUGAAGCACAUGCUCGGUGGCCUCCCGACCAGCUUCCCGUCGAACAAGUGGCAGCGAGUACAGGAUGCGCCCAACUGGUUCGGGAGGCUCAUUGCCCCCCACGGUCUGCUAGUAGACGUGUGGGAGAGGUUCUGCCAGAUCCGCGGCGACCUCGUUGCCGCAGCCGCAGCGGCUACAGGUGGGCCGCCCGCGCUGGGCGCAGCGAUCGAGGACGGCGACGACAGCGCGGAGGAGGGGGCGGAGGGCAGCGACGGGGACAGGGAGGACACGGGCGUGCCGAUGGACGGGGCCGCCCGCCCUGAGGCGCCGCGCCAGUCCACCGCUGAGAAGUCGGAGAUCGAAGAGAAGCGAAAGGAGCAAGCUGCAUGGCGAAGGACUGUACGGACAACCAUGAGCGCUGGCCGUAGCGAAGUCUUGUGCCAACUGAUGUGCUUGUCGAGGUGCAUCAAGCCCCACGUGAAGAUCAUGGAGAGCAACUUCUGGCGCUCAGGGCAGAAGUACGAGAAGAGGCAGCAAGCAGAACAUCUUCGUCAACGGCAGCUCGGUGCAACAUGGGCGCCUGGAGAUCCACCUCUACGCCGCUACCGAUUGGCUGAUGCGUAUCUCGGCGAGUUCGAGCAGACGUUCAUCCAGGACAGCUUCGACUUGAUGGGUUCUUCCUGGGCAUUCGUCGGCGCGCUGGAGUGCACCCACGAGAGGCAGACGUCGCUCUUCAGGACGUUGGCGAAAGGUGUCGUGCGGGUGAAGCGCUUGCAGGUGACGCACAGCAACUACCCGUUCAAGCUGCUCGCGACCCCCUGGUUGCCAGAGUUGCGGGGGGAGGUGGAAGCCGACAGCACCUGCCCCAGGCGCAUGGACAUGUGGAGCGCUGAGUUCAUGUCGGUGCACACGGACUUGUCAUCUCGCGACGCUCAGGUCGCUCUUAUCGCAGCCAAUGUCAAUGGGCGCGAGGAGACGCUGGAGGUAGAGAAGCGGAACGGCACGUUUCGCAGAUUCUUGGUGGAAGCAGACAACAUGCGACGAGCUUGUGAUUUGAAGUCGUUGAACGCCUACCUGGUUGGUGAGCACGUCCGCGGGGAGGAUUCUCGCGGAGCCCAGGAGGAGAAGCGUCGAGCCCGCUUGGAUUCCCAGGGGCGCAAGGCAUCGAAGGCCUCGCGCCAGCGGACGCUGUGCGAGUGGGACGUGUUCCGCUCGUCCAGGAUGUCAGGUGCAUCGGCGGGCCAGCCCGCCAUGGCCGAGCUCUCGGCCGAGUUUCGGGCCAUCAAGCAGGACCCGUUGCAGUGGGCAAGCUUGCAGGCAGAGGUUGCGCGGGCACAGGAGAUCGUGCCUUCGAUGGCCAAGUGGUCUACUUCGUGGCAGCAGGUCCCAUGCGGCACAACGGAGUCGGACUUCGUGCAUUACGAGUGCAGCAUCCCUGGCACUGCAGAUUACGCCAAGGCGAUCGCCUCGCUCUACUCGCGCGGGUCGCCUGAUCUUGCGCGAGCCCAUCGAGGGGUUCACGAGUUGUGGAACCACGCUGCUUCCAUGAUACCUGCAGCCGUGGACGACGUCGUUGAUGGGCCGAUCACGGAUCCUGUGCCUGCUAAAUUGCGCCUGUGCUUUCUGGCGAAUAGGGACUUCGCGGACGGCCGCAAGGAGUCUACGUUGAGGCUCAUCGGCGAGGUCGUCCCCAACAAGGUCGAGAUCCGCGUGCGCAGGUUGCAGCUCGACGCCAUCCACAGGUCUCGCCAGGGGAGAGAGCCAGUGCCCUUGCUGGACGAGGACGCGCCCACCGUGGAGAAGCUGAUCGGCGACGCCCUUGCUGAGCCCGAAGGCGUCGCAGAGGAGGGCGGAGGCGGGGCGUCAGGCGAGGCUCGGCGGGGCUUGUUCCCGAAGAUCCACCACUCCUACUUCGACGGGCGGGAGAGCUACAUCCGCCUGUCCACGACGAAGGGCAAGGAGGGGAAGGACAUGAGGGGCGUCUGCGCACGCCAUGGCUGCGCGAUGUCCAGGACGUGCCGCAUCAAUCGCCCCAUCGGCGAGAUCUGGUCGUGGCUCGACUUCGGCAUGGCCCCCGAGUGCGACACGAAGGGGAAGCACAUCAGCUACCGCCCAGACUUGGAGACUCGUCUGGCCGCCAGGGCUCGGUUUCGGGAGCUCGACGGCACGCAGGAGUGGUUCGAAGCCGAGCUCGGCUUCGGUCUCGAGGGCGUCUCCGAGCUGUCGGAGGGAUAG